AUGAAGUUCAAUUCUGCCCUAGCCGUGGCUGGCGCAAUUGCCAACUCCGUGGGUGUUGCAGCCCAUCCGUCUGGAGCUAGUACUGUCACCAACACCCACUGGUCCGGCGCUGUCUUGAGCAGCCAGGGGGUCACCAACGUCCAGGGAAGUGUCGUUGUCCCCAACAUUUCCGGACAGUCCUCGGAUGACUCGGUGGCCAUCUGGGUUGGCAUUGACGGCGCCGGCGGUGGCACCUGCGGAAACACCCUCAUGCAGGCCGGCCUUCUUGUCUACGGCGAUGGAACCAUCAAGCCCUGGUAUGAGUGGUGGCAGCACGAGGAGAUCCAGUUCUUCAACCAAGACUGGGAUGUCCAGGCCGGAGACACCGUCUUCAUGCAGGUUCAAGCAAACUCCACGUUGACUGGCGUCACGUACCUCACAAACCAGAGAACCGGCCAGACGCUCACUCACCAAUUCGAAUCCAGCGAGUCCCCCGGUGCUCUUUGCGAGGCCUACGCUGACUGGGUUGUUGAAGCUAUUAGCUUUGAAACCAACAACUAUGCUACUCUGCCAGCCUUUGGCACCAUCACCAUCACCGACACUCAGGCAACCACCAAUGGUGGCAGUGCUACUGCCGACAGCGCUGAGAUCUGGAACAUGGGAGGCUGGGAAAACAACGUUGUCAACUGCAAGCAUGCCGGAAGUGGUGCCGUCUCCUGCACUCGUGGAUAA